CUCCCUGGCUCAUCCCAGACUCGAUGUCAGAGAGGUCCUGACGGAUUCUUACCAGUCCUCGUCACGGUAUCAAUCACACAGCUUCCCUACGGUUAACUUGGUGUCGGUGCGCUGUUUCUCUCCUUAUGAGCAAUCCAGUUUAAUUGAAUCGAACAAGGACAGAUCGAAUGGAGAGGAUUCAGGAAGCUGGUCUUAACGAAACAUAUUCGUAUAACGUUGAAGAAUGAAUCUCUCUGUGAGUGACUGCUGGAACGACGAUCAGAUUCGAAGAACAUCUUUCGUGCGAAUUUUGAAAUCCGGUUGGAGGGGGUGAGUGUAAAAGGAGAAAGAUUCUGGCUCGAAGAUUCAUAAGAAGAUUGAAAGAGAAAGUUGAUGACAGUUUUAAACAGCAGAGUUUUGUUGCGAGAAUUUUGAUUGGAAUUGUGGUAUGAAGACUGAAAUCGAGUCGUCGUUGAGCAUGUGGAAAUUGUUGGCUUUGACGACCACGUGAUCGAAAGUUGUAGAAAGGUGCAGUGUACAAUAUUUGUCAAGAUCGAUACUCACUGAGUAAUGAUGAAGGACAAGAAUAGUGAAGAAAGAAAUUGUUUAUCGAUAGAGAGAUGUGAAAAAAUUAUAGAGGAUAGGAAUUGAAUUUGUAGAAGGAAUUUGAUCGAAAAUAAUUGUAGAUCGUAGAUCAGAAUAACGGUCGAGAUGUCAUCGAAAACGCUUCACAACGAGCAUAUCAAACGUCCGAUGAACGCGUUUAUGGUGUGGUCACGAGGACAGCGACGGAAAAUGGCCCAGGAAAAUCCGAAGAUGCACAAUUCUGAGAUAUCGAAGAGGCUUGGCGCCGAAUGGAAACUGCUCAGCGAAAGUGAAAAGCGACCUUUCAUCGACGAAGCUAAAAGAUUAAGAGCCCUCCACAUGAAAGAGCACCCAGACUACAAGUACCGGCCGCGCAGGAAGCCGAAAUCUUUAGUAAAGAAAGAGAACAAAUUCGGUUUCUCGAUAUCACCCCUGAUGUCCUCGGGUGAGACCUUAGGCAAUAUAUCGAGAAGCCUCUUACCACCUUUGGCACCACCAUCGCACCACACGUUGAUGAGCCACGAGGAUCUCAAGAUUCCCCGUUUCUUCCCGCCAUUUCCAUACCCCCUAUAUCCUAUACAACACAAACUUGGAGAAGAGUUCAACGGUGGCAAAUUAGCCGCAGAUUUGGCGCUUCAAGCACUCUACGGAGGCAGCACCUUUUAUUCGAGCCAUCAAACCAUGUCCUGGCCGGGAUUAUCAACAGCGACCUGUCUUCAACCCAAUUGUGGCUGUCCAAGUCCACCUAAAGAUCCAAAGAGGCCGUACUUGCCCACCAAAUUAGAAGAAAGACCCUUUCCUAGCCCAGGUAAGCCAGAAGAGGAUGGAUUUCCUUCAGACAGAGACUCUAGCAGGGAAGAAUCUCGAUAUAGAAAACUUGAAGAAGAUACGUACUUGUCUUCGGUCGACAGGCACCAGGAAGACAGGUCUCAAGAUAGAUUUUCUUCGUCUUCUUCGUCGUCACCUACCGAUCAGACAGAGAAAGCUGUUAAUAGUGUUCCAACGACGACGUCGACCGCGACGACAAAGGUUGACAGCGCGUUUUCGGUUCAAAAUCUGACAUCGUCCAGUUCAAAUUUGGGAAGUCAUCGCGGCCAUGUCAUAUGAAGGCCGCUUCCGGUUCUCCCGGAUCUAAACUUCCGGGGGAACCUGGUACCACCUGGAUGGCCAAGCACUGACUGGUGGAGGGUACCAUCAAUGUUAUCGCCCAUUCCUCAGACGACGGUGACGAAUUUAAACGCACCACCGAAGGACGACGAAGUUCAGUUACAAGAAGAACAGAGAAACUCCGUGAUGGCUAGGUCGAGGGGCAUUCAUAUUGGAAAUGUACAGUGAUCAUUGAUGCUCAGGGAGAUAAAUGGCUCCUAAAAUGAUUCGAUUGAAAACUACUUGAAGGUUCAUAAUCUGUUAUGUAAACGAUGACGAAAGGGUGUUAUCAAUCAUGUAUAUGAUGUAAACGGGACUUUUCAUUGGAAAAGUGACUCUUUUACGAAUCGGAGAUUUACAUUUAUGGAAUCUUAUACUCUCCUCCUUAGUUAAAAUGUCUUAUCUACCACCUUGAAACUGAAGAAAACUGAAGUUGAAUAGUGUAGUUUGUUCUAUCUUUAGUUUUCUUCGUUCAAUCGAAAAUACUUAGUCAUUAUUUCGUAAGAGCAUGUGUAAUAUAACAUAUUGUUAAAAGAAAAAAGCAUAUGGAAAUACUAAUUGGGUUCAUAUUUGAACCUAAUUAAUUGUUAUGUAAAUGCUAUAAUAAAUACAAUGAAAUGUAAAUACUUUCCGUAUCCGCUGCAUAUCUUUAAAAAUACUAGAUAGGAUAUUUUGACGAAGGAGGGUUGUAUAGAAAAAGGUAUGAAAGAUGAACCACGAAGGUCGUCGAUCGUUCGUAACCUGUUGCGUUGUGUGAUAAUUUCAACAGCCUACUUAACCUGUUUUUUACGAUUGUAUGUAUGAUAUCUCGUUGAGAGGAAAUUCUAAAACCUGGUUGAAGACCUCGAGAAAUACCACAUCAUCCCAGUGAUGUUCCACAAUGUCCACGAGUGAUCUUACUCUUGGGGGUUGCAACUGUUUCGCUAGGAAGACGGAACGAGUCGAACUUUUCGACGAGAAUUCGUUAUGCGACUCGACGGUGGAUACCAAAGCCGAAUCGAUAACUCGCCACGGCCAAAAUCCUACAAAGAGAGAAGCGAAAGGGUCCUUUCUGGCAAAGCGUGUACAGGGAUGCCAGAGAAGAGUCCAAUUUUGAUGAGAUAACCAACCCUCUCGGUGGCACAUAUUACCGCACACGCGAGCCCAAAGCGUCAUGGGAGGACAGAAAAGAGCCCCCAUACGAGCGAAGAGAGGUAGGAAAAAAAUAAAACCCUCUUCGAGCAGAGGCAAAUCUCUUCUUUAGGGCGCGGCCAUGCGAAAUAAGCCAAACAUUCUGAAUGCUAACGUAGAUGCGACACAGCGGACCUGUAUACGCGUUAUACCACCCCCCCCCUGUCUCCUCACGAGAUGAUUUUAUUGCGUCGCGCAUUGAUACUGCAACUCCCUGAUAUUUUCCCUGUGUCUUUCUCAUUUUCCUUUUCUGUUUCUGUUAUUUGUUAAUUUCCUUUUUUAGCAACCUUGUAAUUGCUAGAUCGCCGGUUGGUGGUGAUUGUGAGGGAGAGAUUGGUAAGUGAAUCGACGAAAUGAAUUUAUUUUUACGUCUUUUUUUAGCUUUCAUAAAGAUUUUGAAAUCUUGUGAUCCUUUUGAAAUCCUUUUGCACAAUUGAACUGAUAUUAUUAGCGAAAGUUUAUAAAUCACAAGAUGUUAGUGUCAAUAUAUCUUCCUGUGCAAUACCAAAACGUUUGUUAAUGAAGCAAAUGGAAUUUGAGGAAGUAUACGUUACCUAAUUGUUCCAUUUAAUGUAAAAUUUUAGAAAGGAAAUUAUUGACUCAUAACUUAUAACUUGUUGAUUUACUAAUAUUUAUUGUGCAAGAGGAUCCUGGUUAUUACUGUUGUAUUUUUUAUGUUAUUCGUGGUUCUAUUGUUGUUUUGUUUUCCAGUUAGAAAAUAUUAACGAAAGAGUUUAUAAUAAAUAGAUUAUGGAUAUUUAUGCAUAUAUAUGUAGAAUACACAUAAUAUAAAAAGAUACAUAAAAUAUCCAAAGUACUCAUUAUACUACCUUAAAGGUAAAUCUUCUAUUUUUUAAAUUGUGUGCAUAAAAAUUCGCAGUCCAGUAAUGUGCAGCAUACAAACUGUAUAACUAGCAGUUUAGUAUUUAUCAAUUAAUUUUAUAGUAUAGAAAGUUUCGAAGAUAAAAGAGUAUUAAAAAAAGACUUGUUUAAAGAACGAAGUUCAUACGUAACAUAGUAUCGUUUAUCAUAUCUCUCUCAUAAUCCUACUGAAAAGAAACUACAUAAAAGCAGGACGCAAAAGUGUCGAACAUUCUUUUUCGAAUGGCAUAGAAAUAUACGAAGCUGUAAUUUAUUACUGUGAAGCUUUAAACAAUUGGCCAGUAAUAAUAAAACGUUCAAUUCGAGCGAAUUGUUUGCAGACGUGCCAUUCUGUCCGCGAAUUGCUCAAUUCGUUGCUGGUCCCCUUUGACCUCUUCCCCCUGUUCACGCAGUUUUAUUGCAGCUGAUUUUUCGCGAUCGACGCACACCCGUAUAUUCAAAAUUUUAUACGCUUGUUUUGCAGCGCGAGACACGUAUUUUUCGGUGAAAAAUUUCGACCAUGACGAUCGAGCCUCACUACCGACCAGAAUGGAAACUAAUUCCCACGCACACUUCUCCCACAUCUAGAAAUUGUAUACAGUUAACAAAAAAAAAAAAAGAAGAAAAAAGAAAAUCGUAACGAUCAUAGAGAAUCGACGAUACAAAAAAAAAGAGUACCUAUAAUGUAAAGCGUAUUGUAAACAAAUAGAAACAUAUCUUCUCGAUAUUUACAUAAGUUCCUCGGCUACCGUUCAUUUUCAACGUUAAACGAGAGAAAAGACGAGAAAUAUAGAGGAUCAUGUAGGGGUUUUCCAUUAAUCACAAAAAAUGGCUGCGUUAACGCCCCAGGCGAUAUGCACGUAAUCAUUGUUAAUUAUUUGCUGUAACAUAACGCGACGUUUGUAAAUAAAUUCGAUCUUAACCGAA